CCAUUCCUAACACCCACAUCAUGUCCUCUGAAAACAGCUCAAUAACCUCCUACUUCUGCCUCUGCGCUCAGCACACCUUAACAACGCCUCUCCCCCUCUCCUCCCUUCCCCGGCGACCACACGACAAAUCUUAUGUCCUACCACCUCGGUCGUCGUUUCCCUAUCGAUUUUUUGCAAGAAGAUCUAAUGAAUCAAAGGUGUUGAGGCGAGAAGAUGGUUACGAGAAGAGAGUUGAUUGGAAAUGCGAGAGAUGUGAGCUACUGGUCGCGUAUGAGCUCGUUAGGGAAGAAGAGGAAGAGGAGAGUCAACAUGUGUACGUGCUCGAUGGUGCGUUGGAAGAGCGCCAAGUUUAGUGCGAAGAUGCUGAAGACAGCGCCGAGCUUCUGAAGAGAUCGAAGGCAAGCUCUUCACGGAGGAACAUGGCGAGCAAUACUCUCGAUACGGAGAUACAGCGGCGACCAAUACCAGCUCGUCGGUGGCGAUGCAGAAGAAAUGAAACGGCAACAGAAAUGACCAUGGCUGGGCUAUGGCAACA